CUCAGGAUGCCAGAGCCAGCAAAGUCCACCUCUGCCCCCAAAAAGGGCUCCAAGAAAGCCGUGACCAAGACCCAGAAGAAGGGCGACAAGAAGCGACACAAGAGCAGGAAAGAGAGCUACUCCAUCUACGUCUACAAAGUGCUGAAGCAGGUCCACCCCGACACCGGCAUCUCCUCCAAGGCCAUGGGCAUCAUGAACUCCUUCGUCAAUGACAUCUUUGAGCGCAUCGCUGGAGAAGCUUCCCGCCUGGCCCACUACAACAAGCGCUCCACCAUCACCUCCCGAGAGAUUCAGACAGCCGUGCGCCUGCUGCUCCCAGGAGAGCUGGCCAAGCACGCCGUCUCGGAGGGCACCAAGGCAGUCACCAAGUACACGAGCUCCAAGUAG